GCGUGAUGCAAAUGAAUUAAGGGACUUUUCACAAGUCAGGAUAAUUUAUGCUUUGAAGAAAUUUUGGACGAUAGAACAAAUCGCUUUUGCUGAGUAGCACAAUUGGUCAUCCAGUACAAGCCACAAGUGUACUGCCAGUUAGCUCGCCGUGUAGUGGGAGAAAUAUUUAUUUAUGAUGGCGACCGCAACACGCUCCGCUACCGAGAGCCCCGGCGCUGCCGCGACCCCGCUGUCACCGACCCGCAUCUCCCGGCUGCAGGAGAAGGAGGAGCUGCGGCGCCUGAAUGAUCGGCUCGCCGUGUACAUCGACCGCGUCCGGUCGCUGGAGCUGGAGAAUGACAGGCUUCUGGUUAAAGUCUCCGAGAAGGAGGAGGUCACAACUCGAGAGGUCGCCGGGAUUAAAGCUCUGUACGAGGCGGAGUUGGCGGACGCGCGGCGGGUUCUGGAUGAGACGGCGCGGGAGAGGGCCCGGCUGCAGAUCGACCUGGGCAAGGCCAGCGCCGAGUUGGAGGAGGUCAGCAGGAGCUUAAAGAAGAAAGAUGGCGACCUGAACGCAGCCCUGGCGCGUGUUAAGGAGCUGGAGUCUCUGUACAACAGGAGCGAAGCAGCACUCAACACCGCGCUCAGUGAGAACGGAGCUCUGAGGGACGAGGUGGCCGGCCUGAGAGCCCAGCUGGGCAAGGCAGGGGAUGCCCACGCAGUGGCCAAGAAGCAGCUGGAGGCGGAGACGCUGAUGAGGGUGGACCUGGAGAACCGCUGCCAGAGCCUGGCUGAGGAGCUGGAGUUCAGGAAGACCAUGUUCGAGGAGGAGGUGCGUGAGACGCGCAGGUGUCAUGAGAAGCGGCAGGUGGAGGUGGACACUGGGCGCGUUCAGGACUACGAGCUGAAGCUGGCGCAGGCGCUGCAGGACCUGCGCAGACAGCACGACGAGCAGGUGGCCGUCUACAAGGAGGAGCUGGAGAGCACCUUCCGAGCCAAGCUGGAAAACGCCAAGGUGACCUCCAACCUGAACGACAAGGCGCUGAGCGCGGCCCGGGAGGAGCUCCGGGAGGCGCAGGUCCGGAUGGAGAGCCUGGGCCUGCAGCUGUCCUCUCUGCAGAAACAGGCCAGCGCGUCGGAGCAGCGGGUGCGGGAGCUGGAGGCGGAGCUGGCGGGGGAGCGGGACAGGCACCGGAGGCAGCUGGAGGGGAAGGAGAGGGAGAUGGCCGAGAUGAGGGACCGUAUGCAGCAGCAGCUCAAUGAGUACCAGGAGCUGCUGGACGUCAAGCUGGCCCUCGACAUGGAGAUCCACGCGUACAGGAAACUGCUGGAGGGAGAGGAGGACCGCCUGAAGCUGUCGCCAACCCCGUCGUCACGGGUUACGGUUACCCGGGCAACCAGCAGCAGCCUGAGCAGCAGCGGGGUGAAGCGGUCCUCACGAGCGAAGCGGAAGCGUGUCGAGCUGGAGGAGUCUGGCGCCGCCCUGCUGCCCAAAGUGCACAUCAGCCAGGAGGCGGAGGCCACAGGCAGCGUCACCAUCGAGGAGAUCGACCUGGACGGCAAGUCCGUCACCCUCAAGAACGUCUCCGAGAAGGAUCAGUCUCUGGGCAGCUGGAGGCUGAGGAGGCAGAUUGGAGAUGGGGAAGAGAUCACCUAUAAAUUCACCCCCAAGUACGUCCUGAAGGCGGGGCAGACGGUCACGGUGUGGAGCUCCAAUGCAGGGGUGUCCCACAGCCCCCCCACGGACCUGCUGUGGAAGAGCCAGCCAACCUGGGGCACCGGGGACAACAUCCUGACCUCCCUGCUCAACUCUGACGGGGAGGAGGUGGCCAAGAGGACGGUGACCAAAACCGUGCUGGAGGCAGAGAACGAGAACGAGGAUGAGAAGGAUGGAGAGUUUGAGGAAGAGGAGGUUUUACACCAGCAGGGCCAUCCAAAAACCGGAUCCAGAGAAUGUUCUAUCAUGUGAACAUGGAGUUCUUUUUUGGUAUUUUCAUCGACAAUAUAUAUUUUUAUAGCUACAUUUUUGUACAUGCCAUUUCGGUUGUGACAACUCUAAGCAAAAUUAAUCCCCAACCUAUUUUUUAUCAUUACCUUUUCUUCAGACAUCGAAGAACACUAUGGCAAUGUUUUUGAGUUUUGUUUUCAGGUUUUUCUUGUUAAAGAUGAACUUUAACAGCAUACAGCCUUUUCCCCAUUGGAGGAACUUAUAAUAACUUGUAAUUGGGACACUUCACUGGUCAGUUCUAUCCAGCGCAUGACAGCAUUGCGUGCUGAUUGGUCGGGGUUGUGACAGGAGCAGAGUGCUAGCCAUGAGCACUUGGUUUUUAAUUUGUUUUCUUAUUGCCAUGACUUCUGGCAAAAGUGAGAUUCCCUACCUGUAAAAGUCAGAGUCACACAUUUACCUCUCAGGCCAUCAGGUAUGGUUGUUCUGCGGUGGCCGGGAGAGACACGCACACAUGCUGUCAUGCACUGAGCCAUUUCAGACUGCCAGUUACACAGAGGCUGCCUCUGAGAAGGCGUCAAACAGUGUGACCUUUGACCUCUUACUCUUAAUUCAGUUUGUGUUACUGGUAGGUGUGUUGUGUGGGCUUAUCAGACCAGCUUUACUGAUCAGAGAAAGUGGGACUGACAGGAUGUGACCCUAAAAAUGUCAUCCGUACGAGGGAGAUCAGCAAGGCCAGGGUCAUAUUUAAGAAACAGCCCUGUGCUGUGUGCAGGGAGAUUGUUGGCCUCGGAUGGAGCUGACAUUUGGACGUCCUGCGACGUCUUUU